CCAUUUCCUGCGGGGUUUCCUACCUGGUCUGACGUGCCAGCCUCACUUUCCAAAGCGCGUCGAAAUUUCAGUGGCUGGACUAGAGACAAAAGCGGAAGUGGACCGGCGACGUGGGGCGGCGAGCUUUGGCGCUUACAUAAACGGCAGGUGAAGGCGAAAGCGGAUGGGAGGAUUGUUCAGUAGCUUGAAGGCGUCUCCAGAAGAGGUGAAGAUGGCACUCCCUAAGACUCAGGAGAUUGUGUCCAACAACCCCGUCGUUGUCUUCAGUAAGACAUACUGCCCCUUCUGCACGCGAGUUAAGCAGCUGCUUUCAAAGUUAGGAGCAGAGUACAAGGUGGUCGAAUUGGAUGUAGAGAGUGAUGGAAGUGCGGUUCAGGCUGCCUUACUGGAAUGGACUGGACAGCGGACUGUGCCUAAUGUGUUUAUUGGCGGAAACCAUGUCGGUGGUUGCGAUGCCGUCACUGCAACACACAACCAAGGGAAGCUCGUGCCUCUGUUAACGAAUGCUGGAGCCCUGCCAAAUGCUACUUCCAGCUAGCUGUAGUGUUGUUUCUCUUGACAAGAUAGUGAUCCUUCAUGCUUAGCCUUUCAAAAAUGUACUUGAAGUUGGCCUUCAGGACAAAGUAUUGUUCUUCAGUGUGAAACCUUUGCUUAUUCAAUAAAAUUUUCUAUACAUGUA